GCACAAUCUGAACUGAUCUCUAAAAUCUCAAAUGGCUUUGAUGUACUUUUGAAAGCAGAAACUGGGGAUGGAAAUCUCUCGGGUUGCUGCUUUCGCUCUUAUCACAGCAGCCACGCACUCAUACAACAGAAAGUACAAGCAAAAAAAUCACAUUCGACCCACUCUCUUAUGGAAAGAGCUUCGCUAGUAUCAACGAAGGACAUAGAACCAGCAUACAUGGUAUCAUCAUGGUACCUACAUAUGAGCUACUACGUCAGUAUACACUCUGGAGUGAGAUACUCUACCCUCAAACCUACUCCGGAUAUGUCGGUACUUUGUAUCGCUCACCAGUUCUUUCUACUGUCGACCAGGUCCUUUCGUUACGUGCUACCAUACCAAAAGUGCUCGUUUGUACACCUAAUGGUCUAGCUGACGCCUUUUUACAUGACCCAACCCUUUUCAACACUCGAGAGAAACACAACGUUGUUCAAAACCUCAAUUGCAUUGCAUUGGAUGAGGUGGAUGCGCUCCUACCAACAAAAUCAAUCAGACGGACAUCGAGAUCUUUCAAAAAGGCUCCUAAAAAGAAAAAAGACGUGCUAUACCCUAUAGUUGAUGCAUUGAUCGGAGGUAGUGAUCAUAAAAUUCAAUUCAUCGCUACGAGUGCAUCUCUCAAUGCACCUCUCCGAGGCCACCUAAAGGUUGAGAAAAGGUGGGCGGGCCCAGCUACAUCAUAUAUCAAUGCAAAACCCAGUGAAAGAGAUUGCCAAGUCAAGCAUUCAUGUGUUGUGGUAAAUACACACGGUGAAAUACGAAAUAUCCGUACAACUGAGGAUACAAACAACGGCAGUAAAGAACUACAAAUUAGGCGAAGCCAGAUCAGCAAAUUCGUUGGUGAAACUAACGAAGAUGAAAAUCUUUUCGAGAGUAUAGCAGCAGCGUUCGCAAUAUGGAAUGCAAAAAGUAAUAGCAGAGGAUCUGCGAUACUGAUAGUGCCUUCAAAUGCAUCCAUCAAACGACUAGAAGACUUCUUCAGUGAGCUUGACGUAGAUGCUCGUCAACUAGUCAACCUUUCAAAAGAAGAUGACGAGAGUGGUUUGAAAUAUGAAGAAGAUACAGAGAAAGAUUCUUCCACUCUCUAUAUAGUUCACGAACAUGCUGCCAGAGGUUUACACAUGCCUUCCCUAGAACUGGUGAUGAUCGCUGGUCCGAUCAAAGAUGUGACAAAAUAUUCUCACAUAGCUGGUCGUGUUGGUAGAUUUGGCCAAAAAGGAACACCACAAGUUGUAACCUUCGUUAGGGAAACAAUCACAGAUGAUAAAGUAAAUGGUGAAGAAGAGCAAGCUAUGUUACAUACCUUUGACCGCGCAAAAAUAAAUCCAGAGCCCUGGAACACAGUAGUUGAAUGAUUUAUAUCUAUAGAAAGCAUAAUUUAUUUGGAUAUUGUACAAUAUUUGUGGUAAAUACGAUAGCAUUUUAGAAAUUUAACCAUCGAAUGUUGAUCACUAGAAGUAGCUAUCUCUCAUGGACCACACAACACCUUACUCGAUUUCAAAUGAUGCUUCUGCUCCUCGGAUAGGUAGCUCAACAUCUAUUCCCAAUGUCUCUUCUCUGUUUACGAUUGGAGUUUGAUGAUAUUGGUAAGUAUGCAAUGGCUGUCCCAUUAUUGUCGUAGUAAACAACAUCAAUAAAAGGAGCUGUGAAAAUAUUCUUUCGUUUGAUAUAAACAUGGCAGAUUUGGAAUAUAAAAAGUGUUGUAAAAACACCUAAAGCGAAGAAUGCUAUUUCUUGAAUUAUUUUAGACCCGUUGUUCCGCUAGAGGGUACUUUAAAGGCAUCGGGUAAAAAUGUAUUGAUUUUU